CUGUCAUUUCCUCCACGUCGCAUCUCUUCAAAUCGAGCAAAACAACUUCUGCUGGAUUUUGCCUUUUUCCCCUCAGGAUGCAGUGGUGGCAGACUGUUCUCCAGCUUUCGUUGCUGGCUUCUACUGCUAUCCCUUCGGUUGCAGCAGCUUCUUGGGGAUUUACAGAUGCCACGGUGUCAGUUCAGACCAAGGGCGCUGGAGUUGCUGCUGGGUUGAAGGAAAACAUUGUCAGCAACAAGCCCCUCGCCAAGCCCGUCUCCCUCGGAAGUGCGGAUACCCUCAAAGUCGCCCUCACAGUUCAAGAAGGCAAAUCCGCACAGCGUGCGCAUCAAGUGUUCCUUCUCCUUCAGGACCGAGAGUCUGGAUUGGAUAUCUCCUACCCAUUUAGUGUCAAGGAUAGCGGCAAAUCACGGGUUGAGUUGGCCAGGAAAGACCUUCCUAUCCAAUUCCUUUCCGCAUCGGAGCCCCUCGACGCUAGAAUUUUGAUUGGAUCGUUUGGAAGCUCUCAGGCCUACAAUGAAGCUGCAUUCCAGCUGUCUCUGGCCCGGGCUCCGGACGAGCCCGUCCCCACUCUCGAAGUCUUGAGAUACGGAAAGCUUCCUGAAAUCCACCAUGUUUUCAAGAAUGAUGCGCAAAGCCCACCUAUUGUGAUUACGCUCGCUUUCGUUGCAAUGGUGCUGGCUACUCUCCCUGUUCUGGGUGGCGCGUGGCUAUUCCUCGGUGCGAACAUUAAUCACCUUCCUACUGCUCUCAAAUCGGCCCCUGUCGCUCAUGCCGUGUUCCUUGGCUCUCUGGUCGCGAUCGAGGGGAUCUUCUUCUUGUACUAUACUUCCUGGACCUUGUUCCAGAUCCUCCCUGCUGUUGCUGUGGUAAGCACCGUCGCGUUUAUUAGCGGUAGCCGUGCCCUGGGCGAGGUUCAGGGCCGACGCCUUGCUGGCCUCCGGUAAACAAGCUGGUCCUACUGGGCCUCUGAGUGUACUUGGGAAGCUUCUUACUCUAUUCGAUCUUCCUCAGUGGUGCUCUAUGUAGAAGUAAAUUCUUUGUGAAUUAUAAAAUUAAAAAAUUUUUUUUUUGUUUG